GACACAAUGACCGGAAAUGACCCCAAAUAAGGCCUACAACAAAGGGGAAUCCCAUACCCCGAAAAGAACAAAUUGCAUCCAGACAAUUUUAAGACUACUGAAUCAUGUUAAAACAGUCUUUAUCUAACGAAAUAAUGGAACCGUCAUAAUUACUUAACGUCAUGGGCUGAAAGUGAAACCACGAAACUAAACUUGUUUUCUAAGCAUCAACAAUGUCUCUAGAAGCAUAUUUAUCAGGGAGUAUAUCAAGUGAUGUACAGAAUGGUCAAAAAAUGGAGUCCUUUCAACCUAAUCCCAUUUAUCAGGAUAAUAAUCCCAUUUAUCAGGACAACAAUCCUAUUUAUCAGGACAAUAGUUUAAGUCAGUUCCUGGAAGGAGAUUCAAACAAUUUUGUAAAUCAAAUGAACAGUAGUCAAUUUCCUGGAAAUAAUUCUAUGAAUUUCACUGGAAGUAGUUUUCAAAACAUUCCAAACAAUGCCGCCAUUAAUAUGGUGUUGGAUGGAGAGAAUGAAGAUGAUCUAGACUUUGAUGAUGAAGAAGAUGGCAAUGAAGAAGUAGAUUCAAAUGAUGAAGCAAUAGAUGAUGAGGAUGAAGAGGAAGUAGACGAUGACAAUGAAGAGGAAGAAAGUGAAGAUGAUGAGGAUGAGAAGAGUGAUGAAAAUAUAAUGGAGAAUAUCAUUGAAAAAGUUAUUGAACCGGAAAAAACAGAAAAAGAAAAAAUUAUGGACAAUGUUAACCGUGUUAUAGAUGAGGUAGCAAAAAAUAUAACAAGCAGUGUUGACUUUGAAGGUGCUCCUUUACAGCAGGAAGGUGAAGGAGAAACUAAACCAAAGAAGACUCGGAAAAGGAAAAAGAAUUCUGAUGAUAAGAAAAAAGACAAGAAAAAGAGAAAAGUUAAACCAACUAAUAUGAGAAAAAAUAUAAGAGAAUUAAUAGAUAAUACAGCUCUUGAGUCAACCACCAUUGAAGCACAGACCGAAGAAUUAGAAAGAAAGAAAAGACUUCAGGAACUAAAGAAACAACUGAUGGAAAAAGAAAAGGAAAAGGAUUCCCAACUAAAAUCACUUUUAGAAGGGGUUUCUUUUAAACAGAGACAUUCAGUUGCAGGGCUUUUUUCCAGAGUUCAGUCACCUAAUGCAAAUCCAAUAGAAAAUGAUGAAGAAGAAAAAAGUAAUGAUGUGAUACUCCUAGACAGUAGUGAUGAAGGAAAGAAUAAGAAAAAAGAUGGUGAUGUGAUAGACAUAAGUAGUGACGAAGAUGAUAUUAUGAUCACUAAUGACAUGGAGUCUGAUGACGUCGAGUCAGAAGAUCCAAACAAUAGCGGUAGUCAUAUUGACGAUUCUAUGAACCAUCCAGAUGAACAAGGCAGAGUUUUGGUCAAUAUUGGUCACCCACCAGAGGAACAAGAUAUUUUUCUUGUUCCACAAAUUGCAAAAUACAUUAAAAGGCAUCAGAUUGGUGGUGUUAGAUUUCUGUAUGACAAUCUGAUUGAAUCUGUGUCCCGGUUUAAAAGUAGUCCUGGUUUUGGCUGUAUCCUGGCCCACAGUAUGGGUCUUGGUAAAACCAUUCAGAUGAUAGCUCUCAUUGACGUUUUACUGCGACACACAUCAGCCAAGUCGGUAUUACUUAUUGUUCCAAUAAACACUUUACAAAACUGGUUGUCUGAAAUCAACAUGUGGUGUCCGGAAUCUGUACCAGAGGGAUAUCCAGAUGUACAGUUACGAAACUUCAAAACUUAUAUUCUCAAUGAUAACUUCAAGACACCAUAUUCCAGGGCUAAGGUCAUAGUUGAAUGGCACAAAACAGGAGGAGUGUUGUUGAUGGGUUAUGAGAUGUAUCGACUGAUGACCUCUCGUAAAGGUCAUAUAGCACAGCCAAAGAAACCUGGGAGGAAGGCAGCAGGAAGGGAGACAAUUAUUGAUGUCGAUGAAGAAGAUAAAACAAAAGAUUUGUUUGUUGAUGUUCAUGAAGCUUUACAGAAUCCAGGACCCGACAUGGUUGUAUGUGACGAAGGACAUAGGAUCAAAAAUAGUCACGCCGGAAUAUCUCAGUCACUUAAAACAAUUAGAACAAGGAGAAGAGUUGUUCUAACUGGAUAUCCAUUACAAAACAAUCUGAUAGAAUACUGGUGUAUGGUGGACUUUGUACGACCUAAUUACCUCGGAAACAAAACUGAAUUCUGUAAUAUGUUUGAAAGACCUAUUAUGAAUGGACAGUGUGCAGAUAGUACUGAUUCAGACACCAAGCUGAUGAGAUACAGGGCCCAUGUGUUACAUAGUCUGUUAGAGGGUUUUGUACAAAGGAGAGGGCAUACAGUCUUACAAGCAGCUCUACCUCCCAAAAAAGAAUUCAUCAUCUUGAUAACUAUGUCUCAGAUACAAAAGAUGCUUUACAAAGAAUUUAUGGACAACUUAGCAGAGACGAGCCUUAAUACUUGGGCAACAACCAAUCCCAUCAAAGCAUUCUCUGUCUGUUGUAAGAUUUGGAACCAUCCAGAUAUCUUGUACAAAAUAGUAAGACAGAAAAAGAUUGAUUUAGAGGAUAAUGACCUCGACAUUGAAACUGAUUCAUCAGGGGUCAAGAAAAAGAAGAAACAAGGUGCAACGGGUAGUCCAGCUGGUAUCUCAACGUUCAUGGACAAGAAAAAUGACCAAGCUAUUACUUAUGAAUGGGCAGAGAAAUUACUGAAGAAUUAUACUCCAGGUCAGUUAGAGAUGGGAGGUAAAAUGAUGCUACUGUUUGAACUGAUCAAUGAAACAUUGGCUGUCGGAGACAAAUUAUUGAUAUUUAGUCAAAGUUUGUACACAUUAAGUCUACUUGAAGAGCUGUUGUGUAAAAUGAAGGUCCCCAGACCAGAAACAGAUGAGUAUUGGUCUAAAAACAAGAGUUAUUUCAGACUUGAUGGUAGUACCUUAGCACAAGAAAGAGAGAAGCUUAUUGGUCAGUUUAAUGCUCCUGAUAAUAAUAGAGUCUGGCUGUUUCUACUUUCAACAAGAGCUGGUUCUCUUGGUAUAAACUUGAUAGGAGCCAACAGAGUUGUUGUGAUGGAUGCCUCAUGGAAUCCUUGUCACGAUUGUCAAGCUGUGUGUCGUGUGUACAGAUUUGGACAGGUGAAGCCAAGUUACAUAUACAGAUUUGUCACAGAUAAUACUAUGGAAAAGAAGAUCUACGACAGACAAGUCAAUAAACAGGGAAUGUCAGAUCGAGUAGUUGAUGAAUUACAGCCACAGAAUAAUUUCUCUAAGAGACAUGUAGAUAAUUUACUACAUUAUGAGGAUGUAGAGACAGAUCCUUUAGAUUUUUCCGACUGUAACUAUGGAGAUGAAGCAUUUAAUAAUGUCCUCAGAAGACAGGGUCAUUGGUUAACUAAGAAACCAUUUACCCAUGAAUCACUGCUGAUAGACAAGAAAGAACUGAGAUUAAGUAAGAAGGAGAAGAGACUAGCCAAACAGAGUUAUGUAAUGGAGAAAAAGCUGAACCUAACUUACUCCAGACCGUCCUAUGCUGCAUUCUAUCCUAAGGCAGGAGGAGUUCCCAGACCUACACAUCACCCACCAUGGAAUCAGCCAACACCUUUCAAUCGUCCAGUAGCUAGUGUAAAACCAAUGAUGACUACACCUGUUCCUAUGAAACCUAAAGAUGGCGUCUCCAUCAUACCUCAAACAAAACCUGGUGUUACUGUCCACAAAAUAGUAACUACAACAGACAUUACGUUGCCAGGGACAACUACCAACACCCAAUCAGGUGUAUCAGCCAGCGGUGGUACUCUGGUAAACAAGAUACCAGCAGGACAACAAGUCUUUGUUAUCAAGACACCAAAAGGAGUUUAUAUACGAACAAAGGAAGGAAAGAUAUUUGCUGUCAGAGCAAAGACGCCGCUACUUAGUGGUAUAUCUACAGCAUCAACCACGUCUGUUACUACGGUUACUAUCAAAAACUCAACGGCCACAGUGGCACCAAAGGUUGGAACAGCACAGCCAAUUAUAGUCUACCCCAAGACUGGUUCUGCUGUUAUCAACAGGAAACCAACUUCACGACAACCAAGGGCUAUAAAACCAAAUCAAUCAAAAAAUAAAGCUGAAGUGAAAAUUAAAAUGAAUUUAAAUUCUGAAAUAAAAUCUGAAUUGAACAAAAGUGGACCAAGUAGUAUGAUGGAUCUGAACAUAAUGAAAAGCUCUGGGCCAGAAAUAGAGCCAUCUGUGAAUAUUCCUACCGAGAUGGAUAUGGAUCCUAGAUCUGCUAGUGUUAGUGCUAUUGGCAGUUUGCUGUCAUUAGACAAUGAAAAGGACACUUUGACUAAAUCUGGCAGUGAGCCAAAUAUUGCUGGAUUAGAUCAUGCAGAUGGUAUAGAAAUGCUAGCCAGGUCAAGUAGUCAAUUGGGUAUGGACAGCUUACCAGGGUCUAAUAACUUGGUUGUUAAGAGCCUGCCGCAAUCAAACAGUCAAACGGGACUGGAAAGCCAAACAGAAUCAACUACUGAAAACAUUUUAAACAGUGUGGUAGGUAUAGAAAGACAGAAUAGUUCCAGUAGUCAGAUGAGUUCUGCUGAUGAAGGACAGGUUCACUUUGACAAUAAUGACAGUCAGUUUGGCUCAGAUAUGGGAACAUUUGAUCAGUCAGACAAUAGCAAUAGUAACAGUCAAAUCUUUGAGUUUGAUAACCGACAAAAUGAUCGUCAACAAGGAUUCUUGGAAUCACUGUUUGACAUGUCAGAGAUUACUCCCUAUCAGCCAUCAAGACAGGACACAAAUCAAUCCAUGAGUAGAGUCAACUCAUCAGCAUCUUUAUCAUCAAACAUGGGUCAUAUAGACUUACGAGAAGACACAGACAAAUAUCAGGAGGAGGGUAGUGAGAACUCGUUCAUGUCAAGGUAUCCACGGAUCGCUCCUAACACAAGAAACAAUUAUCCGCAACACAAUAAUCCUAUGCCUCAUAUGUUUAAUCCAAUGCCUGGAUUUAACCAAGGUUCACCGCAGAUGGGAUACAAUCCUAUGUACACGCCAUAUCCAGUAUUAUUCCCCCAGAAUUCCCAUCAAUCACAGCCGACCUCAACUAACAAUGGAGCUGUAACCAACACAACACAGAGUGAUUACAUGUCUCCUAUACAAAGUAUGUCCCAGAUGGGAUCCAGUGGGAUGAUGGGAUUUCCCUUCAGCCCCUAUUCCUUCCCAAUGCCAGCACCUUACAUGAUGGGACAAAUGCCUAAUCCGUACAUGGCAAUGGGUAUGCCACCCCAGUAUGGACAUCAAGGUGGCAUGAUGCCACCACCUAAUAGUGCUAAUGUGGGUCAACAACAACAACAAACCCAGGACAAAACCACUUGAAUACUUUUUGUUGAUCUUUAUAUUUUAGACAUUUUUGAUAUUUUAUGUAAAUGUUUUUUUAGAUCUCAAUUUGCACAGUGUCAGAUCAUUAAUCAUUGUCUAUUUACCAUUACACAGCCAAUGGGGUUUUCUAAUCAUAUUCUUCAAACUCUGCAAUCAAAAUAUGAAGAAAAAUGUAAAAAGGUGGUCACCUCAUUUCGUGCAAGAUGAACUGUAGACUAAUACAGUACAGAACCUACCAAAGAUAAUGUUUUAAUUCUUCUGCUAUUUUAUUUUGAGUAAAAUUGUUUGAUAGCAAUUCUAGGAUAGAAAUAUUAUGUUAAUUGUCGAUUUUUUAGAGUUUUAUAUAAAAAUAAACUGAAGUUAUAGCUAACAAUGACAAGGGCAAAAAAACAUGUGAAAUUAUAUAAAAACUUGUUCAAGAAAAUGGAAACAAGAUAUUCCUUCCUAGAGUAUUUGAUUGGGAAUGAAGUGAAGAUAUAUUUUUACUACAAUGUUUAUACAACUACUGUAAGUUUCAUAUUAUGAGCAUGAUGUUUGUUUUGUACAUACCUAAAUACAGUCAACUUGUAAACACAACAUACACAUUAAAAUGACUCAAUUGUUAAAUAUUUUAAUGCCAAUUUGAAUAAUUUUUGGUUCUUCAGAUUUGCUGAAAAAUUUGAAAAAAAAGACUUUAAUAAUAAAAAGCUCUUUUUGUUAUGCAUCAAUUUUUUGGAACCUCAGCAAUUUUUUUUCUUAAUUUAAUUGAUUAUUUUUUAGAAAAAUAGAAAAAUGAAAUCUAUUUUUAUAAUACAUUUUGUUUUUUGGCUACAGAAUUUGUUUUCUAAGAAAAUACUUAAUAUUUUUUAAUGCAAAUAGAUUUUAAAACAACAAAAUUUAGUAAUUUUUCAGUUUUUCACAGUAUUGUUUUUUUUUUUAGUGAAUGAAGAAAAGAUAUAGAUAAGCAAUUUACUCAAUACUGUAUAAAGGAUAAGCUAUGCACAGGUUAACCGUAUCUAUGAAUCAAAACACUAACAAAUCUUUUGUAUGAAAGGAAAUUAUUCAAAUGUCAUAUAUUUCCACAGUUAUCUUAUACGUAUUGGCAGAAGUUACCUUCACUUAAAGACUUAAAGUGGAGUUUUAUUGAUCAGUUUAUUGAAAAAAGAAGAUGUGCUAUGAUUGCAAAUGAGACAACUUUUUACAAGAGACCAAAUGACACAAAAAUAAACAGCUAUAUGUCACUGUACGCCCUUCAACAAUAAGCAAAGGCAGUUCAUUAUCCUUGAUGCAGACACAAAACUUAGUGGGCUCAUUAAGACAGCCUUACAUGUGUGCAACCUCCCUUUUUUAAUAUUAAUUUGCUAAAGGUCAUUAAACUAUGAUCAAUAAUUAACAGAUUUUGUCUAACAGUUUUGUGUAAGUUUGUGUAAUAUUAUGAAUAUAUAAUCAAAUGCAGCUGUAAUUUUACCCGACUCCAAAGGAGGAGUAAUUUGUUUUACCAGUGUCUGUCCAUCUGUCCCAUGAAAUUUCCGUCAUAUUUUUCUCAGGAACUUAUACGAGAGCUUCCUGAAAUAUUGUAUCAGGCUCCUUAUGUUCAUUGUUAUUUGUGAGGUGGUAAAGAGCAGAUAAGACAGAAAUGUUUAAACUGUCAAUCACAUUUAAUAUAAAAAUCAUGUUUCUAACACUUACAAUAUAUUUCUAGUACUUUACCAAAGACAGUAAUUAAAUAUAAAAACGUAAUGUAUUAUAAACAGGGUACUUCCUAUUGUCACUAUCUUGUAUGCCCUAUUAUUCAAUAAUACGAAGACAAAAAUGGUUUCGCAAGACAGUCAUAUAUUACCAUGUGCCAUAUGCAAUUGAUAUGUAAAUUUCCUGUAGUCGUAAUUCUUCACAGACUUUUUCCCUUGAAAAAGUCAAUGUCUGAAAAGUACUAAAACAAAUUCUGCCACUGUGUGGUUAGUUGUUAUCACUCUGGUUAGAAUACUUACCCCAUUUAUAUUCAUCAAAUGAGAAAUAUUGUAUCCAAUUAGAUGUAGUAGUAAUAUUAAAAUACAUUGUGUAUGAAUGUUAAUCUGCAUAAAACAUGUUAUUUGUUUAUCAAAAGCCAACAACUCUAUUGAAUGAUAUCAAUUAUAUCAUUAUAAUGAUUUCAUAUUUGAUCCAACAUACAGGAGAUGAAAAUCUCAUCAUAGCAGUCUGUAUUUUCAGAAACAAUAGAUUUAUUUUGUCAUUGAACCUUAAACUACAUUAUGUUAUGUGAUUACACUUUUUUACAUAUUUUUACAUGUUGUUAAUAUUUUUGUCUUGAUAUGAAUGUUGUAUUGCAUGUCUUAGAAUAUUAUAAAAUGAAUUAAAUGAAUUUUAUACUUGAUUGAGGAAUAUAUUCUCAUAACAUGUUUCAUGGAGAAAUUCAUUUUUAGCAAAUUGAAAUAGCAUAAUGCAUAUUUUUUGCAUAUUUUCUUUUCUGGUUAGAUAAUGAUAGGAGCUUUUGGAAAUUAAACAUCUUUUGAAAAUUUAAACCAUUACGGUGAAACUCAUAUUUUUAUGAUUAAACCAUUAAUUUACCAAAGUUCCACCUGACCAACUUUGAUUUCAAUAGCUAUCUGCAGCAGCAACAAUCCCAAAACUUCUUAUACCAUAGUGGUUAUACAUAUAAAUUAACAUAAAACAAAGUUGCAAGAAUUAUAAUGAUAUCUAGUUAUGAUAUUGUAAUAUCCAAAGCGUUCUUCUGUCCCUCCAGAUUAUUGAGGAUAUUUAAGAAGGAAAAAAUGUCCUAGAAAAAUUGUUAUUAUUAUUUGUUAGGAACAGGACUUAAUUUGAUAGCAAAAGUCCUUUAAUUUAUAAACAAACUAGGGACGGGAAGAGCCUGUGUUUCAGUGGUUGUCAUUAGUUAGUCUGCCACAUCUGUUAUUUUUUGUUAAUUUGUUUAAUCAUAAAUCAGUCCCUUAUAUUUUCUUUGAAUCUUCAAAUUUCCUCAUGUUACAGCCAUUUAUAAGUGAAUAAAUGAUAUGGGUUUUACUCAUUGUUGAAGGUAGCAAAGUGGCCUAUAGAUUCCUUUAAUCUACAUAUUUUGGACUCUGUUGGAUAGUUGAGUGAAUAAAUGAUAUGGGUUUUACUCAUUGUUGAAGGUAGCACAGUGGCCCAUAUAUUCCUUUAAUCUACAUAUUUUGGACUCUGUUGGAUAGUUGUUUCAUUGGCAAUUAUACCACAUCUACUUAAUUUUAUAACCAUGUAAAGACUUGCUGAGGAUUUUAGUGAAAAACAUUGAUAAAUAUUUAUGUUGUUUUCUAGCUAAUAUUUAGGCAUUCCUUGAAAUCUUCAUAAUUGUAAUUUUAAUCAAUGUAAACAUUAAACAAAUUGUGUACCCUUAUGGGUGGGAAAUUUAUAUGAAAAAAAUAACUUCAGGGACAGACAUAUGAAUGUAAACAUUGAAAGUUUUUUGUUGUAAGGCUUGACAUAUUACAUGAAAAUUACACUUAAUAUGGAGAGAUUGUCAUUUCAAAAUUGACUUCUUAUCGUUAAGUAUUUUUUAUCAGAAGAAGUCACAGGAAUAUUAUAGUACUGAUACAUUCAAGGACAGAAAUUUCAUAACCAAAAAAAAAUAAUUCAACUCUAAACAUUUUACUGUAAAAUGAAAAAAAAUCAAUAUUCAAGCUCCACUUAAACAUUCUGUUGAUUGUAUUUACAGUGAAUGUUCAGUAGUGCAUUUAAUAAAAUAAAAUGUGUAGACAAAAUAGGUUGAAUUUCUUAGAAUUUAGAACAUUGUAUAUUGUUUAAGACUUUACAAUAAAUGUUAUAAAGAUA